AUGAUAUACAAAGGAAUCUACCAUCUCUUCUAUCAAUACAACCCAUACGGCGCCGUUUGGGAUGUAAGAAUCGUGUGGGGUCACUCCACGUCACUCGACUUAGUCAACUGGUCCCCACAACCUCCAGCUUUCAGUCCAUCUCAGCCGUCGGAUAUCAACGGCUGUUGGUCAGGCUCCGUAACGAUUCUACCAAACGGCAAACCCGUCAUCCUCUACACCGGCAUUGACCAAAACAAAAGUCAAGUCCAAAACGUCGCCGUUCCGGUUAACAUUUCCGAUCCAUAUCUCCGAGAAUGGUCAAAAUCGCCGGGAAAUCCGCUACUAGCUCCCAACGCCGUCAACGGAAUUAACCCCGACCGGUUCAGAGAUCCUACAACCGCGUGGCUCGGACGCGACGGAGAAUGGCGAAUGAUCGUCGGGAGCUCGACGGACGAUCGUCGAGGAUUAGCCAUUCUUUAUAAAAGCCGAGAUUUCUUCAACUGGACGCAAUCGUCAAAGCCACUACACUACGAAGACUUUACUGGAAUGUGGGAAUGUCCUGAUUUCUUCCCGGUUUCGAUAACCGGUUCGGACGGUGUAGACACGUCGUCGUUUAAUGAGACUACCAAACACGUACUUAAAGUGAGUUUGAUCGAGACGUCACACGACUAUUACACCAUCGGAAGUUACGAUCGUGAGAAAGAUGUUUAUGUACCGGAUAUUGGGUUUGUGCAAAACGGAUCGGCUCCGAGAUUAGACUACGGGAAAUUUUACGCGUCUAAAACGUUCUUCGAUGAAGUUAAGAAACGAAGGAUCUUGUGGGGUUGGGUUAAUGAAUCGUCGCCGGCUAAGGAUGAUAUCAAGAAGGGUUGGUCUGGUCUUCAGUCAUUUCCAAGAAAAAUAUGGCUAGAUGAAUCGGGAAAGGAAUUGCUACAAUGGCCGAUUGAAGAGA